CGGAUCGUCUGCUACACCUGUUUCCAUCCACCACGCCCUAAUCUAUCACGCAGGUAAUGAGGCAGAGGUAGCAUACAGUGAUGCGCAUUCUGCCCGCAGGAUAGGCAGCAUGUUUACCUUCACGCCGCUGCUCGGAGCUCAGUCGAGCUCCACAGUGUCACAAUCACUUCUUGAACUGGAUGGUGGCAUCAAGAUUCUGAUAGACGUGGGCUGGAAUGAAGACUUCGAUGCAGGUAUACUCAAGGAGCUCGAAAAGCAUGUUUCGACGUUGUCUUUCAUACUCCUCACGCAUGCAACAACCGCACACCUGGGUGCUUUCGCCCACUGCUGCAAACACAUUCCGCUAUUUGCGCGAAUACCAGUGUAUGCGACAGAGCCUGUGGUAGCUCUGGGUAGAUCACUACUGCAAGAUAUCUACACUUCGACGCCACUGGCCGCCUCAGUUCUUUCCGCAGCCAGUCUGUCGGAUGACGUCUACUCGUAUCCCGCGAACCGCGAUACCAACUCGUCCAUUCUGCUGCCACCUCCAUCGCAGAUCGAGAUCGCAGGCUACUUCAGCGCUAUUCGGUCCCUCAAGUACUCUCAGCCUCACGAGCCGACUCCUUCAUCCUUCUCGCCGCCCCUAAACGGCCUCACAAUCACAGCGUACAGUUCCGGUCGAACAUUGGGCGGCACAAUAUGGCACAUACAACAUGGACAAGAAUCCAUAGUCCACGCAGUAGAUUGGAGUCAAGCCCGCGAACAUGUGUUUGCCGGCGCCGCCUGGAUUGAUCCAAAUCAGCCUACGGAAGUCAUCGAAAGCUUGAGAAAGCCGACCGCUCUGAUCACCAGUAGCAGAGGAUCGCAACGCGUUGCACUCACCGGUGGCCAGAAAAGAAGGGAUGACAUGUUGAUUGAUCUAAUCAAGGAAACAAUCGAACAGGGCGGGACAGUACUCAUUCCAUCGGACUCAAGUGCUCGGGUUUUGGAGCUCACCUAUCUCCUGGAGAGCGCGUGGGUGCAAGCUUCGGCAGACAAAGACAAUGUUCUGAACAGCGCAAAGCUCUACUUUGCGAGCGCAUCUGGUAAAUCGACCACGCACAAUGCACGUCGAAUGCUUGAAUGGAUGGACCCAAAUGUCCAACGAGAGUUCGAGAAUCAGGCGAACCUGGGAGGCCGGGGAACCGCUGCAGAAUCGAGAAAAGUCGGAUCCGCGCCAUUUGACUUCAUGUUUGCUAAGAUCUUGGAGCGCAAGACUCAGGUUGCUCGUGCUCUGGCAAGGGAGGGCCCGAAAGUCAUCGUUGCCAGUGACACGUCUUUACAAUGGGGUUUCUCGCAAGUAGUGCUGGAGAGUAUUGCGAGUGACGAGAAGAACCUGAUCAUCUUGACCGAGCGAAGCAUGCCUAUUUCACAGGCCACGAGUGGCUUUGGAAAACUUCUGUGGGAUAUCUGGAGCGAGAAAGCCGGCGUCACUGAUUAUGAUGCCGUGUCCCAAGAUCCACCGUCAAAGUCCUUUGCAGCAGAAGGUGCUGAGAUAUCGAGCAAGGGUGCAAGGAUUGAGCCUCUUUCCGGGAAUGAACUCAAUAUUUAUCAGCAAUACCUGGCGAGACAACGGCAGAUCCAAGAUACUGCCGACACAGAAGAAGUUAAUGCAGUAAAUGCGAAUGCAGAUGCAGCAGAUGCCCGCUCAGAUACUUCGUCAGAAUCUGAGGAUGAGGAUGAUGAACAGCAAGGAAAAGCACUCAAUGCCAUGGCUACCAUGACACACGGGAGACACAAGAUCGCAUUAACAGACGCCGAACUGGGCAUCGACGUGCUCGUACGCAGGAAGGGUCAUUAUGACUACGACGUGCGGGGGAAAAGGGGUCGUGAGAGGAUGUAUCCAGUUCUGAAGAAAGUCAUGCAACGCGACGACGAAUAUGGGGAUACCAUAAAGCCUGAGGACUAUUUGCGAGCUGAGGAACGAGACGCGAUGAAUGAUGAUGAAGCAACAAACAUGAAUGCGCCAAAGGACACCGGUGUAGGCGAGAAGCGCAAGUGGGAUGAAGUUAACAUUGAAGCGGCUCAAGCCACCCGCAAACAACAGAAAGAGGCUAGCAAGCGAAAGAAAACGGACGAUGCGGCACUCAUGGAUGGUAUACAAAUCAAUGGCGCUGCAGAGAGCGAUGAUGACGACAGCGAUGAGGAAACAGAAAGCAACGUCGAAGGACCUGUCAAGGCUAUAUUCGAGGAGAAGACUUUGACGCUCAGUGUGCGGCUUGCCUUUGUCGACUUCUCAGGCUACCACGAUAAGCGGAGCAUAUUGCAUCUCAUACCGAUGAUCAAGCCGAGGAAACUUAUUCUUGUCGGGGGAGAAGCAAAUGAAACAGCUGCACUCUCUGCGGAUUGUCAACAGAUUUUGCAUCUUGAGCCAAACAGCAACGAUAUUAUGACACCGGUCAAUGGCAGCACAGUGGAUGCAAGCGUAGACACGAACGCGUGGACUGUUAAACUAAGCCAGUCAUUGUACAAGAAACUUCGCUGGCAGAAUGUGCGCGGCCUCGGCGUUGUCGCACUCAGCGCAUUUCUUCUGCCUUCCGUACAAGCUGAAUCGGAAGACGAAGAAUCGAAUACCAAGAAGCUCAAGCUCACCAACGGAGAGACGCCAAACCAGCAAAUCGCCACUGAGGUGAGCAUGCCCUUAUUGGACCUAUACGGCCCGGGUAUGUCCGCUGCUACCACACGCACAGCAGCACAGUCCAUCCACGUCGGGGACAUCAGGCUUGCAGACUUGCGUCGCGCGCUGCAGGCUGAGCAAUAUAGCGCUGAAUUUAGGGGUGAGGGUCUUCUUGUGGUCAACAAUAGCGUUGCAGUGAAGAAGAGUACGAUGGGCAGACUUGAGGUUGAGGGUCUUAUGUGCCUGAAUUCAUUGGGCAGACCAGAUCCAACGUUCUACAAUACGAGGAGAAAAGUGUACGAUAUGUUAGCAGUGGUUUCGGGAGCCUGAUCAAACUGCCCUGUACAAUGUAGUGCCUUGGUGACUUCCAUUUGACUCAUAGUCGGUAAUGAAGAGGUGGCAUGACCACCUGUUAUCAGCA